UCUGCACUGUGGUAAUAAAUAUUGGAUAGUUUACUGUAUAUUUAUUGAAUUUUUUAACUCUUUCUUUAAGUUAGAUUUCUUAAUUUAGAACAUUUAAAAAUCUGAUUGAUUGUGAUAUUAACUAAUAUGUGACAUUAUACAGACAUUAGGACUAAAUAUAUUUAUAUAUAAUAGCAUGUUCUCCCACUGUAUGCCAGCACCACAUGGAGAAGAUAUUGAACAAGUAACAGCCUCCUUCAUUCAUAUACUGGUAGUAAAUUGUUAAUAUUUCCAUUUCAGUCUGAAUUUUGUACAGGGAUAUCUGUAUUCAUUUUUAAGUUGUCUCUUUUGUGUUAAUCCCAUUUCUAUGAGUAGUGCCACAGGUUGAGGACAUUUAUUCCACAGUGCGUCCAACACAUGAAGGCAUUUAUGCCACCUCCAGACCCAGUGUUGAAGAGCCAGGGGGACAAGGUAGUCAGGGUCUCCAGAGAAACCCCGGGGAAUUACCCUGCAUGAUGUGUUGAGCAUGACCCCCAAGGUUUGACACUGAACAGAAUUGUUUGCUUCUUGGUUUUAAUAAAUGUCAAAGCAAAUGAAUAACCACCAAGGUUUGCAGAUAAACAUUUCUGAACAAGAUUUGCUGUAAGCAUCUGUAUUUCUCAUCAGUAUGGUAGUGGAUUUUGUAGGAUGGUCUUGCAUGAAGUGGAAAACCAGUAGAAAAAAACUAUUUAAAAAUAUACAGCCAUAAUGUCCCUUCUAUCUAUGUCUCCCUUUUUGGGCAUGUGGAUAUGUAGUCCUGGAGGUCAAAGAAAUAGGCCACAGUGGUAUAAGAUAGGGCCCUUCCUCCCCAACCCCUGCGCUUUUAGACUUUUAUAUUAUCCUAAAUCAGAAAUAUGUCAUAAAAUGGCUAGGCCAUAGCUUACCUAUACUACAGCUUUUUGUAAUUACAGACAUCAAAAACCCUUUCCCAUCUUUAUUAUAACAAAAUGUUUUCAUAUCAUUUUGUUGUGUGAAAUAUUUGAACUAAAUUAUUCAUCUGAUAAUUCAUAUCCAUGUAAUCAACAGCAAUUCAAUUAAUACAUUUAAAAAAAAACAUCACACUCACAAAUGUGGACAUAACUUUAUGGUAUUGCACUAGCUGUGACAGCCGUCACAUUCUGCAGCAAUUUGUCUCAUUUUGGGAACAUUAUUUUAUGGCAUUGUGCUAGUUGUGACAGCUGUCACAUCCUGCUGCAAUGUGCCCCACUGUCUAUUCUCCAGGCAGGCGACAGUCCACGUACUCCACCAACAGGGAGAGUGUGUAUGGAGGAGGGACAAUAGUAAGAAGAACAAACAUGUCUGUGUCUGGAGAGAACCAAUUAUAUGGACACAGGCCUGGUAUCCAGGCAGUGAAAGCAUCUACUAACAGCACACUUUAUACAGAAGGGAUUUAUGGAGAAGGUCAGAGACAGCAGAGACAUCUGGUGACCAGGGUAUACGGGGAUGGUAUCUAUGAAGGUAAACAGGGCCAGCGUCAGGACUACGGGACCAUAUCACGGAAUGUCACUGAAAACAUCUACGAAGAUUCUCCACUCAGACUAGAGUUCAGAAGGUUGUCUAAUAUAUAUGGCAAUGGGAUUUAUGGAGGUAAUUACACCAGACUAAUUACAAAUAUGCUGUCAGUGAUAUAUAGUUUAACUGCCACUGAGAAUACAGCACACAAAGUGCAAACACAGUCAGCAAUGUACUACUGUAUUAGGGAAAUCCUGAACCAAGAAUUAUCAACUACACAUUAUAUAACCCUCUGUCUUUGACACAUCUGGAACAAUGAAUAAUACUUUUAUUACGCACAAACUUAGAAGUCCUCAACAUUUCCGCAGUUUUUACACAACUCGCACAGAUUCUAUUCUGUGUUCUUGUUCUGUUCACUAUAUGAAUAAGCUAUAACAAUAAGCUACUUCGCCCUUAGGACUUCCUCCAAGAGAAGAGAGUAUAUACAGCACAACACGCCGUACCAGUUAUAGUUCACAAUAU